AUGCAGGUAAGUGAUCGUGAGCCUGUGGAUCUGAGAACGGACUCAGAGUAUUCAGGCCGUGUGCAGUAUCACUGCGGUAAGAACGGCUGCACUCUGAGAAUCUCAGACCUGAGAGAGAGAGACUCAGCGGAGUACAAGUUCAUGUUCACAACAAACCUACCAGGUGGAAGUGUUGCUGGUGAACCUGGAGUCACUUUGUCUGUCACAGAUCCAGAUCUACAGGUUCAGGUGAAACCAAUUGUCCACCAGGGUGAUACCAAGGCAGAGCUAAAGUGUCACAGCGCUUGUCGUCUCCCUGAUCAUCCUUCCUACAUCUGGUACAAGAGUGGACAAGAAAUUGAGGCACAAACAUCUUCUUUUACAAUCUCAUUUGAGUUGACAGACAGCUAUACCUGUGCUCUUAAAGGACGUGAAGAUUUCCCCUCUCCUUCAGUGUGUGUCUACGGUCAGCACUGCCACAGAGUGCUGUACACUGAAAAAAGCGUCUGUGCCUUCAAAGGCUCAUCAGUGGACAUUUAUUGCACGUACAGCAGUGAUGAAUCUAUUACAUCUAAAUUCUGGUUUAGCCCUGAAUGUAGUCAUCAGUGGCAGAGUGCGUCCCAGCCUGAGGACCUUAGUACAGACUCCCAGUAUACAGGUCGUGUUCAGGUCAUUGAAACAUGGAGAGGAUUCUCCACUCUGAGAAUCUCUGACCUGAGAGAGAGAGACUCAGCUGAGUAUCACUUCAAGUUCAGAACACCAAGAUUUGAAUGGAGGAGUAGUUUACCUGGAACAACUCUGACUGUCACAGAUCCAGACAUGCAGGUGCAGGUGAGGAGAUAUCGGUAUAAUUCCUGGGCAGAACUGAAGUGUCACAGCCGUUGUCGUCUACCUGAUCAUCCUUCCUACAUCUGGUACAAGAACGGACAGAAAGUUCAGAAAACAACAUUGUAUUAUUCUGACUACUUUGGUUCUGCAGACAGCUAUUCCUGUGCUGUAAAAGGACAUGAGGACUUCCCCUCUCCUUCAGAGUCUCUCCAGGUUAAGGUGAACAGAAACAUAGUCUACCCUUCUUAUACCUAUGCAGAGCUGACGUGUCACAGCAGCUGCAGUCCAGCUGAUCGGCUUUCCUACGUCUGGUUCAAGAAUGGAGCGAGAAUCAUGAAGGAGGAAAGUUCUUCAUAUAAAGACCGGUUAUAUCUCGGAGACAGCAUCUCCUGUGCUUUGAAAGGACAUGACAAUUACAGAUCUUUGGCAGUGUAUGCUUUGAAGGUUCCCUAUGUGUCAGUGAGUCCCUCUGGUGAAAUCAUGGAGAACACUUCAGUGACUUUGACCUGUAGCAGUGAUGCUAACCCAGCAACUACUUAUACCUGGUACAUGGAGGAACAAAAACUUCUCAACAAAGAACCACACCUUGUCUUCAGUUCAGUCCAGUCCUCUGACUCUGGAGAAUAUUACUGUGCAGCUGAAAAUGAGCUGGGAAAGAGGACAUCUGAAUACAUCUUUAUUAAUGUGAAAUAUGCUCCAAAGCAUGCCUCUGUGUUAGUGAGUCCCUCUGCUGAGAUAGUGGAGGGCAGUUCAAUGACUCUGACCUGUAGCAGUGAUGCUAACCCAGCAGCUAAAUACACCUGGUACAAGGAGAACCAAACACUGCUUCAAGGACCAGAAGACAUCUAUCAUUUCCCCUCCAUCAGCUCUGAGGACAGAGGGAACUACCACUGCAAGUCUGAGAAUCAACACGGAGAGUUAGCCUCUAAGUCUGUAUUUAUAGAUGUUCAGUAUGGUCCAAAGCUUCCCUCUGUAUCAGUGAGUCCCUCUGCUGAGAUAGUGGAGGGCAGUUCAGUGAAUCUGACCUGUAGCAGUGAUGCUAACCCAGCAGCUAACUACACCUGGUACAAGGAGAAUGAAGACUCACCAAAAGCAUCAGGACAGAUCUUCACCAUCACUGACUUCAGAGAUGAACACAGUGGGAAUUAUUACUGUGAAGCCCAGAACAGAAGAGGAAGUCAGAACUCCACCUUACAUCUGAUUGUUGUAGCAGAAAGAAGAGGGCUUCCAAGCAAUCACCUGAGCCUAAAGAGAGACCAAAACCCAGGGAACAGUAUCUAACUACUCAGAGACAGCCGGACAAUGGGCAGGAGGACCUUCACUAUGCCAGUGUCCAGUUCACCAAGAACCAGCCAGA